AUGACCUCCAAGUUUAGACUCACGACUCGCGCAUAUGACAUCUGCUGGGCCAGACACGCUUUAUCAGCACGAGAGCUAACGGUGGUGAAGACCGUACGUCUUUCCGCCUGUGUCGAACUCUGUUGUGGUGUGCUAACAGUCAUGCCCGUAAACUUUCAGCUGUCACGUGGAAUGCCUCAUCUUGCAUGCACGAUGGACGCGCAAUACGUUGUGGAUUGGUGUACAAGAGAUGAAUCGGUGUAUGUGUACGGCAAAUCCAUAAUAGCACAAUCGUUCGAGAAUAUUUGCGAUUUUCAAGAGUGUAUGCACAUGGAGGCGUAA